GUAAGAUGCCAGAAAAUUUGUGGCGUAAUGGCCGUGUCCUUUAACCGGUACCUUAUCUUGCCGGAAAUCGAAAAAAGUGAACUAGAGGUUGACUCGGGAAAUAAGCGCGCGUACACGAAUGAAAAUUCAACAAGAAAUUCGGCUGAUGGCCCGACAACCCCCGUGACUUCUGUGACCGUCCCUCUUUGCGUUUUGGGCGAAGUUCAAUUACGUUUUUUGUGCCCGGACGAUUUAGAAGAAGUCCGUGCACUUUGCCAAGAUUGGUUUCCCAUAGAUUAUCCAAAUUCAUGGUACGAAGACAUAACAAGCUCUUCGAGAUUUUAUGCGUUAGCUGCGGUAUACGGUGGAGUAAUUAUAGGACUUAUUGUUGCUGAGAUAAAGCCGUAUGUCAAAUUAAACGAAGAAGAUCGUGGAAUUCUGUGUUCGAGUCUAGGGAAAGACUCUUUAGUUGGAUAUAUACUUAGUUUAGGAGUACGCCGUACGUAUAGAAGAAAUGGUAUUGCAUCAUUAUUAUUGGAGCAGCUAUUGGCACAUGUCACUGCUCCGGAACGUUCUUCAGUGAAAGCAGUUUUCUUACAUGUUCUAUCUAGCAAUGUGCCUGCUAUUUUGUUUUAUCAAAGGUGCCAUUUUCGAUUGCACAGUUUUUUACCAUAUUAUUAUUAUAUUCAUGGAAAAUGUAAAGAUGGCUUUACGUAUGUUCUUUACGUCAAUGGUGGACAUGCACCAUGGGGUAUAUGGGAUUGGAUUCGACAUUUAGUCAGGGCGAUGGCUAGUCUUGGUCCAUGUAGGGUACCUCGAUGGAUUUGGCAACGGCUUUUAUGGGCUACCACUAUACUUUCUUAUCACAGAUGAUAAAUCUUAUGAGGCUGUGAUAUAUUAAAAGAAUAUUAAGUUACAAUUAAAUUCACAUAAAAAUAUAUACAUAUAUAAAACUCCAAAUGCAAAUGAAUUCAAUAUACAAAGAAAAAAAAAAA